AUGGGCCGUGGGAUUAGGUCGCGCGCCGCCGGCAGAAACCCCACCCUCCUCCUCCUCCCACCGGAGCGGCCAGCUCGAGCUCUCCUUCCUCGUCGGCGCCGUCCUCCUCCCCCGCUCCCUUCUACUGGAGCAGCGCGGAGCGGAGAUCCAUCCGGUUGCCUGAGCCCUUUUGUUGAAAGCGUAGGAGAGGCCAGGGUGGCACGAAAUGGCAGCAUUCCUCAGGUCCAAGUGUUCGUCAGUUGGGCGUGCUAUGAUGGGAAGCCUUGGAAACAAUCUGUACGGGGGCACUACCUCGUCUAUUGAAACGGUGACAAGACCAUCUCGUUCUGAUGCUGUCUGCCAGCAAAUUAGAACUUUCAUCCAGAUGAGAACAAACCUCAAGGUGGUGGACAACUCGGGGGCCAAGCGGGUUAUGUGCAUACAGUCCCUUAGGGGGAAGAAAGGAGCGAGGCUCGGGGACAUGAUCAUCGGUUCUGUCAAGGAAGCGCAGCCUCGUGGCAAGGUCAAGAAAGGAGACGUGGUCUACGGGGUGGUCGUCCGUGCCGCCAUGAAGAAGGGGCGCAGCGACGGUAGCGAGGUCCAGUUCGACGACAAUGCGAUCGUCAUCGUGAACAACAAGGGUGAGCUGAUUGGCACCCGCGUCUUUGGUCCCGUCCCCCAUGAGCUCAGGAAGAAGAAGCAUCUCAAGAUCCUGGCACUGGCUGAGCACAUAGUUUGAGAUUUCUAUCUGUUUACCUGUAUCUAGCUGUUAGUUCCGCGAAAAUGGACAUCUCUAGGAUUGUACCUGAGAUGUUUUGGUUCUCUAUUGCUACUCUAUUCUACCUUUGCUUUGGUUAUUUCUAUUUGCCAAUAAUCUCUGUUCUCUGAUGGAAUCAUAGUGAGCUGUUGACAAACCAGACAAGGAUAUGUGUACUUGGUCUCCACAUUAUAUCCUUAUGUUCAACUAUGUUCAUCUAAAAGAACGUAGUUUGAGAUAUC